CUUGCCCAGCCCCCGCCCCAGGCGGGCGCGGGCAGCCCGGGGCGAGCGGCGGCGGAGAGCCGGGGCCUUCCCGCUGGUCUCGGCCCUGCUCUCUGAGGUUAUAUUAAGAGAAAAAUUUAAAAAGUGUUAAGGUACUGACAAAGUUUAGAAGAUAAUCCUGUGAAUGAAGAAAAGUGUUGGAACUGAAUUUAUGAAGAAUGGAAGGAUACAACGUGUUGGAAGUACUAGGAGAGGGAUCCUUUGGCAGAGCUCUCCUAGUUCAUCAUAGAAUCAAUGACCAAAAGUAUGUAAUGAAGGAAAUAAGGCUUCCAAUGUCUUCAUCUGGUGUAGAGAAUUCUAGGAAGGAAGCUGUUCUUUUGGCUAAAAUGAAACAUCCAAAUAUUGUUGCCUUUAGAGAAUCAUUUGAAGCUGAUGGACAUCUGUAUAUAGUGAUGGAAUAUUGUGAUGAUGGAGAUCUAAUGCAAAAGAUUAAACACCAAGGAGGAAAUUUGUUCCCUGAAGACAUGAUCCUUCACUGGUUUGUGCAGAUGUGCCUGGCUGUGAAGCACAUCCAUGAUAAACGUGUGCUGCACAGGGAUAUAAAAUCCAAGAAUGUCUUCCUCACUCAAAGUGGAAAAGUCAAGUUGGGAGAUUUUGGAUCUGCACGCCUUCUUGCACAUCCAAUGUCAUACGCUUGCACCUAUGUGGGAACUCCUUACUAUGUACCUCCAGAAAUAUGGGAAAAUCUGCCAUACAACAACAAAAGUGAUAUCUGGUCUCUGGGGUGUAUUCUGUAUGAGCUGUGCACUCUAAAACACCCGUUUCAAGCCAAGAGCUGGAAACAUCUCAUCCUUAAGAUAUGCAAAGGGUCCUAUGAUCCACUUCCAUCUCAGUAUUCCUAUGAGCUUCAUUACUUAAUAAAACAGAUGUUUAAGAGAAAUCCCCAGAAUCGCCCAUCAGCCAGUACUAUUCUUGCAAGAGGCUGCCUAACCAAACUUGUGAAAAAUUGUUUGCCUUCUGAGAUUGCAAAUGAGUUUGAGCAGAUAUUAAAGGAAACCAAGAAACCUGAAGGCAAUGCAGCAAGACAGAAGGGUAGUGUCAUGGCUGGGAGAAGCUUAAACAAUAAGACAGAAAACAGACAAAAGAAAGAUGAAAACAGCAAGCAUAGCCCCUUAGAAAGGAAAAAUGCUGAGGGUUUGAGUGAAGGCACAAGGGAACACAGGAAAUCUUAUCAAGAAGGAAGUACUGAUCUGUCACGCGCCCACAGAAGGCAAUGGGAAAAGAGGAUAUCCAAUACUGUGCUGGAUGUCCUGGAAAAUGCAUCUUUGCUUUCUUCCAGUUUUACACCUGAAGAGACUGAAAGUGGUGGUGUUAUAAACUACAGUGAAAAUAAGCCACGGAGGCAGUGGAACAAGGAACCCCCUCAGACCCUGAUGGACAUGCUCAGCAAUGCAGAUGUCAGCUUAGCAUUUAAAACAUACACAAUUUAUACACCAGCUUCUGAAAACAUAUUGAGAGGUCCACUUUCUGAUGAAAGCAAAGCGUCUGAUGAAGUAGAUGGUGAACAUGAAGCUGUUGUCAUCGAUUCUGAGAGACUUGAACCUAGAUCUGAUGAAGAUGACACGGACUUUGAGGAAGAUGAACCAGACUGGGUGUCAGAGCUGCAAAUGGUAUUGAAACAGAGUGACUGAAAACCUGAAUUUACCUGUGAUGAGUGAGUGAAGUUAGGUGUGCUGGUGUCCAAGUUGUUGUUAAUAACUAGUUAUUCAUUAAAUAAUUUCCAUCAAAAAAA